UCCACCCUCCCUGGAAUCCGUUUCAGCUAUGCAUUUAUGGUGUAAGAUGAGGAGGGUUUGGCGCUCUGUCUCUGCAAGGUUCAAACCCCAUAAACCUACUGCUGCAGGAUUUGGAGGUGGCAAAGGUGGCGCGAUUAGCAGUAAUGCAAGUGGCUUAUCAAAGCUUCAAGACGAUGUAAACAUGUGUGGAUACAAAGAUGUGCAGGUGAUGUGGAACCUAUUGACCACCUCGCAAAUCAAACCAAUAGGGGCGGGAACAACAACCGCUGUCUCUCAUCAGUCUCGAAAAUGCAGCAAGCAAAGGCCAUCUCGGAUGGCUUUCUUGUGGCCUAACCAUGGAGCUACUGCCUCAUCUUCAUCUUCACUUUGAUGGGUUAAAUCCAGAAAAAUAGUAUAUUAGCUAUAGAGAGUUUUUUUUCAUUUUUUUUUUAUUUUGGUAGCCUGAGAGUGAGUAGAGCGACUUGUAUACGAGUAUAUGUUUGUUUGUAUAAGCCAUAGAAAUGCCAAUACCUAUCUUCCCCUGUUCUUUGGUUUUUAUAAGCCAUGUGGGAGCAGUAGAAACUCUCCUUUGCAAACACAGUCAUACGCCUUACA